CCUCCUCCUUUUGCUCUCCUCUACGUUCUCUCUCUUUCUCUCUCUUUCUCUCUGUCCAUGCUUUUUAGGGCUAAUUGACCCAGCUCCAGAUCAUCAAUACGACGAGCUUCGACUACCACAAACGGCACAGACUCCGAAAAGCGCGACCGGGAACACCAGCGUAACUGCGAGGGAAGAAGAAGCCCAUGCUAACAGUGCGUGGACUGAACAACACCAUUUCAUUAAGAGCAGUGCCAAACAUGUGAGAAGAUGUCUGUUGGAGGUUGUGCUUGCCCAGGCUGUUCGUCCAAGUCAUUCAAGCUGUACUCCCCAAAGGAGCCCCCUAACGGUAGUGCCUUCCCUCCAUUUCACCCAGGCGCAAUGCUGGAUAGAGAUGUGGGUCCGACACCGAUGUAUCCCCCCUCUUACAUGGAGCCUGGAAUAGGGAGGCACACACCGUAUGGAAAUCAAACAGACUACAGAAUAUUUGAGCUCAACAAAAGACUACAGAAUUGGUCAGAGGACUGUGACAAUUUGUGGUGGGAUGCGUUCACUACAGAGUUUUUUGAAGACGAUGCAAUGCUGACGAUCACUUUCUGUCUGGAAGAUGGGCCCAAACGAUAUACUAUUGGUAGGACGUUGAUCCCUCGGUACUUCAGGAGUAUUUUUGAGGGUGGGGCCACUGAACUCUUCUAUGUGCUGAAACAUCCCAAGGAGUCUUUCCACAAUAACUUUGUGUCCCUGGACUGCGAUCAGUGCACCAUGGUUACACAGAACGGCAAACCCAUGUUCACACAGGUGUGUGUGGAGGGCAGACUGUACCUGGAGUUUAUGUUUGAUGACAUGAUGCGUAUAAAGACGUGGCACUUCAGCAUCAGACAGCACAGAGAGGUCGUGCCGAGGAGCAUCCUGGCAAUGCAUGCCCAAGACCCCCAAAUGCUUGACCAGCUAUCAAAAAACAUCACAAGAUGUGGCUUAUCUAACUCUACGCUGAACUACCUCCGACUUUGUGUAAUCCUGGAGCCCAUGCAGGAGCUGAUGUCCAGACACAAGACGUACAGUCUCAGCCCACGAGACUGCCUCAAAACCUGUCUGUUUCAGAAAUGGCAGCGGAUGGUGGCCCCACCAGCCGAGCCAGCAAGACAAGCCCCCAACAAGCGAAGGAAGCGAAAAAUGUCCGGCGGCAGCACGAUGAGUUCCGGAGGGGGCAACAACAACAACAACAGCAACAGUAAAAAGAAAAGUCCAGCCAGCAGUUUUGCGCUCUCCAGCCAGGUACCUGACCUGGUUGGAACAAAAACCUGUACAGUUCCGGAGCUUGAGGACCGGAGUUGAGAACCACUACGUAAAGUCCUUUAAGUAAAACUAAAUAAAGUGUAAAGCAUCGAUGUUCUUGAGUUUGGUCAUGCCCGAAAUGGUCACUGAGAGCUUGCCUGACCAUUACGCCAGACUCAAAAGAAGUGUUCGGGGGUUUUUUUGUUGGUUUUUUUAAAUUGUUUGCAUUCUGUUUAGUUCCUUGUCCUUUUUUAUUUUUUUAUAACGAUUUCUAAAGUGAAAAAAUAAGCAAGCAAACAAAAACUCUAAAUAUCCUUUGCACUCUUGUCACUGUAUUUUGGAUCUAUUUUUCUUAAAAAAGGAUUGAUGAAUUUUGUUCUUAUUAAAACAAAAAAUUGAUGAUCUUUAACUGGAAAACGCUGUCAAUCUCGAUGUAAAAUAACAAAUUUUGUAUUGUUAUUGUUAUCAAUAUUAUUGUAAGUAGAUGCUAAUUUGCUCUAAGCUUUACACCUAUCUGUCUUUGUUUCUGUUUUAAUCGUCUUUGAAAAUGAGAUUACAUGAUCAUAGCAUGUAUGUCUGGGAACUGCAUGUGUCAGACAUUAGCUAUCGCAGCUGUAACAGUCUCAUUGUUCGCAGGAUCUAAAUCCUACACUGUUAGUACAACGGCUGGUGACACAUUUUGUCCCGAGACCGUAGCUAUAAACAUUUUGUUUCCUGGAGAUUUUUAGCCUAUUGAAAAGAACAGGCUGAGCUCAAUACCUGUCGUUCACACUGAUUAUUAGUUUGCUUUGAAAGUCUAGGGAAAAUAUCAAAUUAGUAAGCCAGUUAUUGUUUUUUUUACCCGAUGCUACAGACCAAGGAGCAAGAUCCUUUAAUCAACACAUUUAUAUAAUAUUUUUGUUUUUUUAUCAUUUUGUUUGUGUAUUUGUGAUUGUAUAUUUAAGAUUGUAGCCAAGUUCUGUAUAAGUGUAAUUCUAUUUACUCUUCUUAGGACCCUUGUGCCCUUCACCCCUUCAUAUGUCAAGUAAAACUGAACCUCUCAUUUCAAAUUGUUUCUAGAUGCAUUAAAGGUACAACUACCUUUUACACGAGAAGGUAGAUUAUAGUUUUUAAGUCAAUGUACAAUGUAUUUAUUUUUUUAAAGUCUUUGCCAUUGCAUUAUAUCGAGACGAUACAUGUUGCUGUGUAUUUGAUGUUGCCUUUGUACAUUUUCACUUGUUUUUUUUUCCCUCAACCUAAGA